AUGGAGCGCUACGAGUGCCUCGGCAAGAUCGGGGAGGGCGCGGCGGGGGUGGUGCACAGGGCGCGGGACCGGGCGACGGGGGAGACCGUCGCCGUGAAGCGGCUCCGCGGCGGGGUCGGCUGCGGCGGCGAGGAGGAGUGGCUCCGGGAGGCGCGGUGCCUCGAGGCGUGCCGGGGCCACCCGCACCUCGUCGAGCUCCGCGCCGCGCACCUGGAGCGCGGGACGGGGUACGUCGUGAUGGAGUACGUCGACGGGCCGAGCCUGGCGCGCGUCGUGCGGCGGGAGGGGAGGGGGCCGCCGUCGUUCGCGGAGGGCGAGGUGAGGAGGCUGAUGCGGCAGCUGCUCGACGGCGUCGCGGCGAUGCACGCGGCGGGGGUCGUGCACCGGGACCUCAAGCCGGACAACGUCGUCGUGGGUCCCCGCGGGGACCUCAAGAUCUGCGACUUUGGCAUGUCGCGCGUCGUUGCCCCCGCCGACGCGCCGCCGUACACGUCGCCCGUCGUCACCCUGUGGUACCGCGCGCCGGAGCUCAUCCUGGGGUCCCGGGAGUACGACGCCCGCGUCGACACGUGGGCGCUCGGCUGCAUCAUGGCCGAGCUCCUCGCCGGCGCCCCGCUCUUCCCUGGCAGGUCGGAGAUGGACCAGCUCAACAGGGUGUUCGACACGGUCGGCAUGCAGGACAUGAGGUCAUGGCCGGGCUUCGCGCGCCUGCCGCGCGCGGAGUCCGCGCUCUGCCACCGCGCCAGGCCGCCGAGCCGGCUCCGGGAGAUGUUCCCCGCGCUGUCCGCCGCCGGGUUCGACGUCCUGAGCGGCUUGCUCGCCUGCCGGCCGGACAGGCGGCUCGCCGCGGCGGACGCGCUCCGGUGCCCGUGGUUCACCGACGCCGACGCCGACGCCGUGCCUGCUGCCUGCGGCGGCGCUCGCUUCACUACCUGCGUCUCCGGUGUCGCUGACGCAAUUGUCGUGUAGUACAAUAAAAAAACAAAACGAGACAGUCCAUGGCCAAUUGGAAGUAAAUUAAUUUUUUAAUUAAUUGUAGAUUUUUGUACCAAUUUUGUAUUAUUCUAGCAUUGGUUCAGCAACAGUUUUGUGACCACGUUCUUGGGUGAUUAGAGAAUUGGGAACAACGUGCUUCGUAUGGGGUUUGUCAGGUGAUGCAUCAAUCCUGCAUGGUGGUUGGUGGAAGGCUCCUGAAAUGGGACGUUUUGCCAAGCUGUGUGUUGAUUGAGUCUUUUCAAAGCUGUAUUUUAAAGCAACAAUAACACAAAAUGCUUUUGAGAACUGUAACAUCGUAGAAUUAAGGAAGAUAUUUGAACAAAAAUAGGCCAAUUUGCAGUUGAAGUGAUAUAUAUGCAUUCAACUAACCAGUAUGUCUGCAAGUAAAAUAAAAAUAAGUGUUUUUAGAAAAAAAACGACCUAACUAACAUAAAGGCAUAAAAUUAUUGAAUUGCAAAAAAACGGUUAGGUAAAAUAAAAAAAAACAUAUGUCUGCUUCAUGCCUUGUUUUGUAAAUGUGUCAUGGCCACUUGUAACGAGCCAGAGAAAGUGUCAAGAGAAAUAGAAAAUGGUUGAGUGCCUAAACAUAUAUAUUAUA